UAUAAUCAGCUUUGAUAUACAUGAUUAUGAUUUUCAUUUUCAUUCUCAUUUCUGUUAGAAAAUAAAACAUUUCUCAUCAAGAAUUGAUAAGCAAAAGGAGACAACCAAAAGUCUCGUUUCGUACCACAAUACAUUUCUAUUUUGGUAAAAGUGAAUCCCUUAAGGUUCGCGCCAAAAUUCUCGAAAGCAGUUCCCAUACGGCCGCGAAGACAUCGGUGUGAAAACUUUCAAGUCCACUCGUGUCCUUUUCCAGGGUGGCGCAGGGCUGCACCUCGGAUGGGUCAUGACGACCAGUGCCCCAACGACCUCGGGACCUUCGCCUCUAUGGAAGGAAGUCGUAAGGACUACGGUUUUCCCAUCUACGGUUUCCAGGGGAUUCCUCCGGAUCGCCCGAGCUGUGGAGGCUGGGCCUCUGAGGAGGACUUGGGCAUUCGAAGACAAAAUGUGUCCUUUAGCAGUGGUUGGAGUUUUCCUCCUCUGGAUUUCUGUGCUUCUCCAGAGCGGGAAUGUCGUCCUCUCUGAAGGAGGUUUUGCUGGAUCUCCUACUCCCUUUGGGGACCUCGAGCAAGAUGUGGAAGGUGUCCCUUUCACCAAAGACCAGGACCUCAAUUCUACAGUCGCUGACCAGUCUAUUGAUGACCCUUGGGACACUGACCUAUUUGGAAUCCUGCAGAAUUCAACAGAAAAUUUCGAAGACUUAAGUCGCAGUAGGAGAAGCGUCCGCGUGCCUGAAUACAUGUGGCAGAUGUACGAUGAUCUCUCUGCGGACGUUGACGCUGAAGGGCGAGAAUAUUGCGAGGAUAAGACAUUUGUCAGUUUCCCUAAUGAAGGAGCAAAAUCCUUCCGUGGCUGCGGAGAUCAGGAGGUCUGGUUCGACCUGAGGAGCCGGAAGGAGUCCUUCGCCGAGGACGUGAUCCUUCGAUCAGCCGAGCUCCACGUCGAGCUCCUCCAGAGGAAGAACAGCGGCGGAAGAGGCUCCUGGGACUUCCCCGCCAAAUCUCGAGGGCGAUAUGUCAACAAGGUCUCCCUCGUCCGAAUCACGAUCGACUUUGACCUCGGCCGAACCACUAUGACUCUUAAGCAAGAGGUCAACGUCCACAAGAACAACGAAGCAGCGUUUGACGUGACACCAUACGUCGAACGACAUCUCAAAGGCGUCAGAUUCGACGUCUAUCGUCGGCUGGUCUUCAACGUCAGUUUCCAGCUACUGAACGUGAAUUCUGGGAAGGAGAACCUCUGCAGACACGCCCAGUGGGCUCCUUCACUACUCGUGUCCUGGGAGAACCGCUCCAGCUGCUACUCCUCCAGAAGACCUCUCUAUCCGACGGAGGACCGAGACUCCGCUGAAGACCUUUCCUCUGCUGAAGACCUCCCCUCUGCUGACGAAGACUUCGACGGCUUCCGGUACCGCCGUGGCCUUCCCUUGAGGUCGCGGAAGGAUCGUGAUGUCUGUCGGCGGGUUCCUUUGGAGGUCAAUUUCCAGGACAUCGGCUGGAAUGCUUGGGUCAUUGCCCCUGCAGGUUACAACGCCUACAGCUGCGUAGGCCGAUGCUCCUACCCCCUGCCCAACCACCAUUCCCCGACGUCCCAUUCCGUGAUCGUGACCCUCCUGAAGGAACUCCAGAUCACCGGCGAAGGAGCCUGCUGCGUCCCCACGGCCUUCGAGCCCCUGCAGCUCCUCUACCUCGACAGGAGGAACAAGGUCGUCCUCAAGGUGUUCAAGGAGAUGGUGGCUACGAAGUGCGGAUGUCGCUAAGGCGAAGUCGAGAAGCAACGGAUUCGGACGAAGGGUCGAGUCGGAGAGUC